GUCCCGUCCCGCAGCCCGGCCGGGAUCUCCCCGUCCCCACGGCACUGUCCGCACCGCAGGAAUUUCCGCAGGGAUCCCCGCCUGGCUCAUCCUCCUCCCCGCACCCCACACUGCCGAUUAGCGGAUUUAAUCACAUCCCUUUGGGCUGAAGCUUUGGGUUUCACACCAAAUGCCCCCGAUGCAGCGCCUGUGGCCAUUCCUGGGGCUGUCUUCAGCUUCCCUCUAGUGGAUCGGCCUAAAACCGCUCUUCCACAGGCGAUCCCGGAGCUUUAGAGCGGCUCCAAACUACAAAUACCAGCAGCUCCAGCACCGCUGAGAGGCCCCAGGUCCCACCUCUCCUAGAAUUAAUCUCUCCGGUUUAGUGUAGCAAAUAUUUAUAAAUAAUUUUAUUUCUCAUGUACAGCUAUAAAAGCCCACAGCAAGCAAAGCAUUCUGAAACAUUCUCUCUGGCCGAGCUAUUUUUUUAGCUGUGUUCUUUAAAUUUUUUUUUUCUGUGGUGGGUGGCCCUUCCUACCUCAUCGCAGAGUGACAGUGGCAGAAGGACCCAGACCUUUAAUCCUGUUUCGCAGCACGUUUAGCAGAGGAGCGGCUGCAGCAGCCUGGGAAUGACCAUGGAGAAGAUCCUGAAGGCAGAGCUGAACACCAACCUCCUGAAGGCGCUGGGGAGCUCUGGGGGAGGAUGCAUCAGCCAAGGCCAAACCUAUGAGACAGACAGAGGACGGGUGUUUGUGAAAAUCAACCACAAACCUCAGGCUAGAAAAAUGUUUGAAGGGGAAAUGGCAAGUUUGGAAGCCAUUCAGAAAACCAAUAUUGUGAGAGUGCCUCAGCCCAUCAAAGUGAUUGACCUGCCUGGAGGAGGAGCCAUGUUUGCCAUGGAGUACCUGAAGAUGAAGCACCUCAACAAAUACUCUUCAAAGCUGGGAGAGCAGAUAGCAGAGCUUCAUCUUCAUAACCAGAAACUUGGAGAGAAGCUGAGAACUGAGGGAAGCACAAUUGGAAAAGGAGCUGGUCACUCCGAGGCCCAGUUUGUGGAUAAGUUUGGAUUCCACACAGCCACUUGCUGUGGUUAUAUCCCACAGGAGAAUGAGUGGCAGAGUGACUGGCCAUCCUUCUUCAUCCGUCACCGGCUCCAGGCUCAGCUGGAUUUGAUUGAGAAAGAUUAUGGAGACAGAGAAGCCAGAGAACUCUGGUCACAGCUGAAACCAAAGAUUCCUGAAAUGUUCUGUGAUGUGGAGAUUGUUCCUGCUCUCCUGCACGGGGACCUGUGGGCAGGGAAUGUGGCUGAGGACGACGCCGGGCCGAUUAUAUUUGACCCUGCCUGCUUCUAUGGCCAUUCAGAAUUUGAGCUGGCCAUUGCUGGAAUGUUUGGGGGGUUCAGCAGCUCUUUUUUCUCUGCCUAUCACAGUAAAAUACCCAAAGCUCCAGGAUUUGAGAAACGGAACAAGUUGUAUCAGCUCUUUAAUUACAUCAACCACUGGAACCAUUUUGGGACAGGGUACAGGGGCUCUACCCUAAACAUGAUGAGGAAACUUCUGAAGUAACCAGGUAAUUUGAGAAAUUCUGCCACAGUCCCCUAGGAAUGAGCAGCCCCUGCUCAUCCCAAGUACCACAAACUCAGAAGUGAGUAAAACACCUGAUAUGGGGGAGGUUUAAUGCACUUUGAGCCUCACUAACUAAGAGCAGUCCUGUAAUCUUUAACUUGGGCACUAGUUUCCCUGCACAAUUCCUCCCUGCUGGAGGAAGGGGCUGCACUGCUUGCCAAGGCUCCACUGGCCUGGAGAGCAGCACAGCAGUCAGCCUGCCCUUGCUCUCUCACCUCAGCUGUUCCACAGCAGCAUCUGCCCAGUCCUGCUGCUGCUCCAGCAGCACUUUGUUAUGGAGAGCUGCAGCUGUGGGACAGUGCUGCUGGAAGCAACUUCUGGUGUCUGCCCUUGUUAGUUCUGGUUUUGUUUUCUGUCUGUUCCCAGCCCUUUGCCCAUGAAUAUUUCCAUGGUCUUCUGUUUCCCUUUCCUUUCCUUUUCCCUGUCAAAUGUCCUAAUCCAAAGUUUCAGUCAGAUUCUGUGAAUCUGAAAACAUUCUCUGUUUAAUUUAAUGAGCAGACAAGGCCCUUUGGCUGCAUUUGGCAAACAGAUGUAAUUAAUAAUAUUUCUAAUAUUUAUUUUAAUUUAAUGUAAUUUACUCACAUUCAUUUUUCCCUUGCUGUAAUAACUGAAAUUCCAGAGGUAUUUUCUAGAAGGAUGUUUAGUUCCUUGAUAAUUAACUGUACAUUCAGAAGUAGGUUAUUACCACUCAAAGUUGAUAAUAGCAUUUCAUAAUUUUCCUGUGAUAUUUCAGUGUGUUGUACUACAGUAGUAACAUAUUUAAAUAACUUUAUAAAAAGAAAGCAAAGUGUGGGAGGGAGGCUCUGUGGCUGGGUGAGAAGAAGCACCUGUGGCUGCUGGGUGGGUUGGUGCUUGAUGUGUUUCCAAUUUUAGAAAACAAGUGCAGUGGGCAAAGCUGGUCUGUUGUGCCACCGCUGGGUGAUGGAAGGAACAGUGUCAAAUCUGAUGGAUUUGUAGGGGGUUUUGUUGUUCCUUCUGCUUUAUUUUUACAGAAAACACAGGCAGUGGGAAUUUGGGGAGGAAAGUGUUCAGCAAAGAUACUGGUGCACAAUCUGAGCUAGAAUACAUUAGUGACUCUGGGGGGUUUUAAUGGAAGUGGAAAGGAGAGCAAAAGUAAGUGCAGUCCCACAAACAUGAAUUAGAAGAUUUGGGUAAGAGUGACCUGAGUAUUCAGACUUCAGAUGGUUGGCAUGACUAAUACUAAAAUAUUAUAUUCAAAAUUGUUCAGAUAUAUUUAGGCUUUUCUCAACUUUAAGUGGUUGUGCUAUAAAGAUUUAAUUAAGUUUAAAAUUUGAUGUUGUAAUUGGUUUAAAACAAUGCACUUUGCUCUCUGUAAAUAUGAUACAAAUAGUGAAAAAUUUCUGCUUCCUUUGAAUCAGGGGAAUCUGUCGUGGUUGGUUAUAAAACUUAACAGAACUAAAGCAGUGGAAAAGAACUAAAACACUCUAAAAGUGGAACAGGAGAGUUUGGGAUUGCAGCUGAUGGCUGGAAGAUGUAGGUCUGAGCAAAGAGCAAAGUGCAAAUGCACUGGUGUUUGUGGAUGUGAACAAACCAACCUGUGUCACACUGGGAACUGCUUGUGAACUCAAACUUCUCAAAUAAAACACUUGCCCUGCAAACCUGC